CCCGUGGCCCCGCUCUCCGCGCGCGCCGCCGCCACCCGGCGCGCGCUCGACGCGUGCGCGGAGGCGUUGGCGGCGGCGGGUCGCGAUGGCGGCGCGGCGCGGGGCUGCCCCCCUGGCGCUGCUGUGGCUGUUCGCCGCGCCGCUGCUCGGUGGCGCCCGCGGCUCGGAGGCGGCCGGGGCAGCCGACUCGCCGGGCGGCGCGGGCGCCGGGGAGCGGUUUAAGAUCGAGGGCCGGGCCGUAGUGCCCGGGGUGAAGCCGCAGGACUGGAUCGCGGGGGCCCGGGUGCUGGUGGACGGGGAGGAGCACGUCGGUUUCCUGAAGACCGAUGGAAGUUUUGUGGUUCAUGAUGUACCUUCAGGAUCUUAUGUAGUGGAAGUUAUAUCUCCUGCUCAUAAAUUUGAGCCUGUGCGAGUUGACAUAACUUCAAAAGGCAAAAUGAGAGCAAGAUACGUGAAUUACAUCAAACCCUCUGAAGUUGUCAGGCUGCCAUACCCACUCCAGAUGAAGUCUUCUGGACCUCCUUCAUACUUUAUAAAGAGAGAAUCUUGGGGGUGGACAGAUUUCCUCAUGAACCCUAUGGUGAUGAUGAUGGUUCUUCCAUUACUGAUAUUUGUGCUUUUGCCUAAAGUUGUCAACACCAGUGAUCCUGAUAUGAGACGGGAAAUGGAGCAGUCAAUGAACAUGCUGAACUCCAACCAUGAGCUGCCAGAUGUCUCUGAAUUCAUGACAAGACUUUUCUCUUCAAAAUCUUCCAGCAAGUCUGGUAGUAGCAGCAGUAAAGCAGGGAAAAGUAGUUCUGGAAAAAGGAGGUAGUUAAGUCUUCCUCCUAAGCCUGGGUUUGCACAACUGUUUGUUAUGUGGUAGCAUGUUUCUUUGUCUUGAAAGAUCAAAAAGCCACUACUGUAAACUUCAAUCAGGCACAAAAUACAGUAUGCUACAACUGUGGUGUGUAGCUUUUUUUAGUCUGUAUAAGCUGUUUUGUACUUGACGGUAAGCAAAAGGUGACAUGUCUUCGAUACUCUACCUGUAUAAAGUUACUGAUGAUACGGAAUUGACUAUAUUGUUCUGUAGAGAAUUAUUAUAAAUUAUAUGAUGUGCUAAACAGUAAUGAACGUCUUAAUCAUAAGACAAUGUGUAAAAAAAAAUUUCAAAGAUAAUAGAAGUGGAAUUCAGUCUUAAGAUGGCUAUAUGUUUUAUACUUGCUGUUGAGUUCUGAAGUGAACAAAUCGUCCUUUCGAAACUGAGUUGUGGUUUUACUAAGUAAUUUACUGUAUCAGCUUGUCAUGUGUUACAUAUAAUUUUAUUUUACAUUUUUUUGCUGCCUAUACACUUUAGUUCAAGGACUUUGCACUUUUUAUUGCCGAGUUCUAUUCUGAUCUACUUUUGGGGGUACAGGGGGAAAGCAAAGUAUCCUGCAUCAGAAAGUCUUUUAAGCUCUUUACAGUUAAUUUUGAAUCCAAAGUAUUUAUGUAACAUGAUGUUUAUCUUGGAUCUCACACUUUUGGUUCUUACUGUUACCUCUCUGCUGUGUGUUCAUCUUACCAGUGGUUUGAUUUGAAGUAAAUACAGAAAGAAAUUUUUAAAAUGAAAGAAAAAAACCUGAAUGUAUAGGAGGAGGGUAAAUCCCACUGUACUUCUAAAGUAUGUCUCAAAGGAUAUGGCUGUCUCUAGGUAUGCUAAGUCACGGGCAAAACAUUGUUAUUUGAGUGUGCCUGUGUCUGUAUUUCAGUAUCUUUUCAAGCUACCCAGUAACUUUAGAGAAAAGUUGAGAAAAUCAAUGGUUUUCCACUAGAUGAACAUUUGCAAAUAAAACUUAAAGCAGUACCUGCCAAACCCCAUUAGCAACUGCCUGUAAAUUAAUAUUUGAUUAUGUUUUUUGUAGCGUAAAUGCUGUUCUUUCCCGUUUCUACAAUUCCUGAAUUCUUAGGUAACAGUAUCCAUGCAGUAUGGGUAAUGUAUAUCUCAUUCCAAAAAUGGUACUUAACAUUCAGCUAAAGUGGAUCUGAAGCAAAAUAAAUUCUAAUGCAUUUAUUUGUUCUGCCAAAUACUUAGGAGGGCUAUAAAUUGUCUUAGAAUACAUACUUAGAAGUAUGCUGUGAAACAUAAAAGCUGCAGAAGAGAAAAUAUUCAUUCAUACGAUUAAGUCAACUUGUAAGGUGUUGGAGGAGAAAUAAACUAAUUUUUUUUUUUUUGGACAGUGAAAGAUUUCAGUCUUUGCAAAGUAAGCUGCACAUUUUUGGUCUGGUUUUUGUUUUGUAUACUAAGUAAAAUAUAUCCAAUAGAGACAAGAGCCUAUUUGGAUGGUCUUGCUGGAAGUAUUUACUGAAAUGGGUGUCAUGUUGCCUUUGUAAAAAAGAAAGAAAACCAACCAAACCCAGAAAAAACCAAACACCCAAAAAACUCCUCAAAAAACAUAACAAAAAAUCAAACAACCCCCCCCUUCUUUUUCAGUAGUGUCUUCCUGAAAAAAUAAUGGAAAAAAACAGGGAGCAGUUCUUUGAAGAUGAAACAGUUAGCUAUGUUACUAUGCUCUCCUGGAACAUACAAUCCAAUGUACACUUUUAUUUAACAGUGAUUGCAAUGGCAAUUAAAUUGGAUUAAUUUGUUCUAA